AUGAAGGUUCAGUUUUUUGCAAUACUAGCAAUAUUUAUUGCUUUGCUAGAUGCAUUGAUUAUUAAGAGACAAGAUGAAGGCAACUCGGCUUCAUUGGACUCGGCCAACAGCAAUCUCAAGAGUAAAAGACAAGCUUGGGACUACCAAAAUGACAUUACACGUGGUUUAAACCUUGGUGGAUGGUUUGUUCUUGAACCAUAUAUCACACCCUCAUUGUUUGGCACUUGGUUGUUUCCUGAAAAUACACCAGUUGACGAGUACCACUUUACAAAGCAAUUGGGCAAAGAUGCUGCACUGCAAGUUUUGAACCAACACUGGUCGACUUGGAUCACUGAAGAUGAUUUUCAGCAAAUUAGCUAUUUGGGCAUCAAUAUGGUUCGUAUCCCUAUUGGAUACUGGGCAUUUCAAUUGUUGGAUAAUGACCCAUAUGUACAAGGACAAGUUGAAUACCUCGACAAGGCUUUGGAAUGGGCUAGAACUCAUGGCCUCAAGGUUUGGGUUGAUCUCCACGGUGCGCCAGGUUCGCAAAAUGGAUUUGACAAUUCAGGAUUGAGAGAUCAUUAUGAAUGGCAGAAUGGCAAUAAUGUACAAGUUACUUUGGAUGUGCUAAAUACAAUUUUCCAGAAGUAUGGAGGUGACGAAUAUGCAGAUGUCGUUAGUGGUAUCGAAUUGAUUAAUGAACCCUUGGGACCAGCACUCGAUAUGGAUGCAAUUAAACAAUUUUACCAAGAUGGAUACUCUGCGUUGCGUAAUACUGGCUCGUCAACUCCAGUGAUUAUCCACGAUGCUUUCCAAUCAUUGGGCUACUGGAAUAACUUUUUACAAACUUCAAAUUCGGUGUGGAAUGUUGUGAUUGACCACCACCACUACCAGGUUUUCUCUGCUGGUGAAUUGCAACGCAGUAUUGAUGAACAUGUCUCGACAGCUUGCAAUUGGGGCUGGAACACCAAGAAGGAAUCACACUGGACAGUGGCUGGCGAAUGGUCUGCCGCUUUAACCGACUGUGCCCCAUGGCUCAAUGGUGUAGGAAGAGGUGCUAGAUUUACUGGUGACUAUGACAAUUCGCCAUAUAUUGGAUCAUGUGACUCCUUGGAUACUGGUAAUAUGAGGAGAUAUAUUGAAGCGCAAUUGGAUGCCUUUGAGUAUAAUGGUGGAUGGAUCUUUUGGAACUGGAAAACUGAGGAUGCCCUCGAAUGGGAUUUCCAAAAGUUGACGUUUCAAGGCAUUUUCCCUCAACCAUUAACAGAUAGGCAAUAUCCAAACCAAUGUAACUUUAAUUCAUAA